CCUGCAGCCGGGGCCAGCCCCCUCAACGAAUGUGGCGAGCGGCCAGAGGACUGGUGCCGCGAUGUGGCGACAGCAGCCAAGUGCGGGGCGCUGGAGCUUUGCCGGAUCAACGUCUGGGACCAGACCCUGGGGCAGAAGGGGAUCCCCUGUCACCUGUGCCAGGUGGCGGUCUCCGUGGUGGGCAAGAUCCUGCAAGACAACUGCACCGAGGAAAAGCUACGGCUUUUUUUGGAUAAGAAAUGCCAGUACCUGCCCUUCCAGGACUGGUCUGUCAAGUGCAAGAAGAUGGUGGACACUGGCAUCCUCAUCCUCGUCCAGCUGGGCAAGCAAGUGCUGUCGGACCCGAAGGUGGUGUGCGGGACCAUCAAGCUGUGCCAGCCCCGGGAGAGCCCCACGGGGGCCCUGAAGUUUCAGAAGGCGCCGCCGGCCCCUGCAGGCCCUGCUCAGGACUUCACAGACCUGGUCGCCCCCUUCAUCGCCAACGUGCCCCUGCUUCUCCAUCCGCAGAACCUGCCUCGUGGUGAGGAAAUGGAAGAGGUGUGCGGGGACUGCCUGCAGCUGGUGGCGGCUGUGCAGCUGGAGCUGGGGACCGAUGCCACCCUCGCCCAGGUGUUGGUGGCCCACGCCAAGCAGGCAUGCGAGGGCCUAGCACCCAACCUGGUGCAGUGGUGCAAGCACUACCUGGCUGAGUAUGCCGACUUGGCCACCCAGCUGCUCCGGUACAUGCAGGCUGAGGACCCAAUGGAGCUGUGUGGCCAGCUGGGACUCUGUUCCUCUGCCUCGGCGCUGCCCCUCCACACACUGCUCACAGAGAAAGUGACGCAGGUCCUGAGUGUGCUGGAGAAUGGAGAGGGGACCACACCGCUGUGCGAGGUGUGCCAAUUUGCUGUGAAGGCGGCUGAGAGCCUCCUGGAGAACAAUGUGACGGAGGAGCAACUGGUGAACGACAUUGAGAAGGUGUGCUACAUGCUGCCCCACGGUGUAAUUGGGCAGUGCAAGGACUUCGUCGACUCCUAUGGCAAAGCCGUGGUCAUCAUGCUGCUGGAGGCCACUGACCCAGCAGCUGUCUGCACCAUGCUGCGCUGCUGCCCUCGAAGUGGGGAUACACCCCGAGUGGCUGCUGUGCUGGAGCAGCUGGCGGUGGGAGCGGGCACCUUCUGCAAUGUCUGCCAGAUCUUUAUCACCUACUUUGACAACGAGCUGCUGAAGAAUGAGACGCUGGUGGAGCUGGGUGACAUGCUGGAGAAGGGCUGCGAGCUGCUGCCCAUGCCUCUCACUGGCAAGGUGAGCCAGGGUGGGUGGGGGAGCACCCAGCCUGAGAGACCACCCAAUAACCCCUGCCAGCCUCACCCCCUCUCUCCUUCCCAGUGCGAGGCGCUCGUGGUGCAGUAUGAGCCAGCGGCUGUGCGGCUCCUUGUGCAAAUGAUGGACCCCACCUUUGUCUGCACCAAAAUAAGAGCCUGCGACUCACCCAAGGAGGAUCUCCUGGGCUCUGACCCCUGCGCCUGGGGCCCGCACUACUGGUGCAAGAACAUGGCCACAGCAAUUGAAUGCCAUGCCAUUGAGCACUGCCAGCGUCACCUAUGGAACUAG